UAAUAAUGUUUCGUUCACGUGCUAACAGUGCAGUCCUUAUUCUACUGUGUGCAUGUAGUGAAGGAAUUAUAUGAAUGUGACGUUUACAUGAUACAUCAUAUUACCAUGUAUUGUUGGUUUCGUAGAAAUUAUCUUAGUACUCGUAGCAAUUGACCGACGUGCUCCAUAUGAUUUCAACUUAAAAUACGUAUCCGACUAUCCAAAAAGUGUGCAGAGCCAUUUGUCAAUUUUAGGUUAACUUUCAUGAUAUUCGGUAAUUAAUAUAAAAUGCGUGCAACUAUUGCAAUUUUGGGCGUCUUCCUCGGCUGUUGCAGCAACGUUGUUUUCCUGGAGCUUCUUGUCAAAGAAGAUCCUGGUAGUGGGAACCUUAUAACGUUUGCACAGUUUCUAUUUAUAGCAAUAGAAGGAUUCUUAUUUACCUCAAAAUGUGGAACUGCGAAGCCCCAUAUAGGAAUAAAGGACUACUUUGUAUUGGUAACAAUGUUCUUUGUUGCAAAUGUUUGUAACAAUUAUGCAUUUGAUUUUAACAUACCUAUGCCAUUGCAUAUGAUAUUCAGAGCUGGUUCUUUGAUAGCUAAUAUGAUUAUGGGUAUCGUUAUUUUAAAGAAACAAUAUGCAUUUAGUAAGUUUUUAUCUGUGUUUAUGAUUACCUUUGGUAUCGCUAUUUGUACAAUUGUUAGUGGCAAGGAAAUCAAAUCUUUGCGAGCUAAGAAUGCAGAACAAGUACCUACUACCCCGUGGGAUGACUUCUUUUGGUGGAUAUUGGGUAUUUCAUUGUUAACAAUUGCGUUAUUCGUUUCUGCUAGAAUGGGUAUUUAUCAAGAAGUAUUGCACAAAAAGUAUGGGAAAAAUCCAAGAGAGGCACUAUACUAUACGCAUCUAUUGCCAAUGCCAUUUUUUCUUACGCUAGCUCCUAAUAUAUGGGAACAUUUUUCGUAUGCACUUGCAUCAGAACCAUUGCAACUGUCUCUGAUCAAUUUACAUGUGCCAAAAUUAAUUGUAUACCUUAUAGGAAACAUUCUCACACAAUACGUCUGUAUUAGUUCUGUCUAUGCAUUGACAGCAGAAUGCACAUCGCUCACAGUAACUUUAGUAAUAACCUUACGAAAGUUCGUGUCUUUAAUUUUUUCUAUAGUAUACUUUCAAAAUCCGUUUACCGUGUACCAUUGGGUUGGUACACUUCUAGUCUUUGUGGGAACAGUGAUAUUUACAGAAAUAUUACCAAAGAUUUCAGAUAGCUUGCAACCUAAAGAGAAGAAGAAAGUGCAAUAACAAGCGGUAUCAUUAAUAGUACAAACAAAAUAUUUCAUGUUUAAUUUAAUUUAAACAAACAGUAAAACAUCUUUUGAAUAAAUUUAAUUUCUGUUACGAAUGUAAGAGAUAAACGAUUAAUUGUAAUAUAAGUAAACCUUCAAAUUAUAUUUUAUUAAAAAAAGUUACAAAAUGUAAUAAAAAGUUUGAAUGUUUUAACAAGUA